AUGUCGGAUGCAAAAUAUUUUCAACGAGGAAAGAUCCAUGAACUUCGCACCGAGUUAAACUCGGAAAAAAAGGAUAAACAACACACAAAAAAGAAGACGGUAUUAAAGAAAAUUGUGGCCAACAUGACUAUGGGAAAUGAUAUGUCAGCUUUGUUUCCUGACGUUAUAAAUUGUAUGCACAUACCUGCGCUAGAAAUCAAAAAGAUGGUAUACCUUUACUUGAUUAAUUAUUCGAGAGCGAAACCAGAUAUAGCAGUCAAUGCAAUUCCAACUUUUUUAAAGGAUGUGGAUGAUCCUAAUCCAUUGAUACGAGCCUUGGCCAUAAGAACUAUGGGAUAUAUUAAUGUAGAUAAAAUAAUAGACGCACUAGUUGAUCCAUUACGGAGUUGCCUGCGUGAUAGGGAUCCGUAUGUUCGAAAAACUUCCGCAAUUGCAGUAGCAAAACUAUAUAUGCAUGACCAAGUCCUAGUUGAAAGUGAGGGCUUUGUUGAUUUACUAAGAGAUAUGCUUGCGGAUUCUAAUCCUACAGUUGUUGCCAAUGCGGUUGCCGCCUUAACAGAGAUAUCAGAGAGAUCAAAUACCGUAACAUUAAAAUUGAAUACGACCGUUGCCAAUAAAUUAGCUGCAGCACUCAAUGAAUGCACAGAGUGGGGUCAAACUUACAUAUUGGAAGCACUGAUGUCAUAUGUUCCUCAAGAAAUGGGUGAUGCCGAAGUACUAGCAGAACGUAUCUCACCAAGAAUACAACACGCCAAUUCUAGUGUUGUUCUUACAGCAGUCAAAGUAAUUAUGUACUUAAUGAAUUAUAUGACCAAAGAGGAAGACAUAGCCAAUCUGUUUACACUACUUUCAAGUGGGCAUGAAGUUCAAUAUGUGGCACUUCGUAAUAUUCUUUUAAUUAUUCAACGAAGACCAGAAGUUUUAAGGAAUGAUAUAAAAGUCUUCUUUUGUAAAUACAACGAUCCAAUAUAUGUCAAGUUGGCUAAGCUUGAAAUAAUGUUUCGCUUAGCAAAUGUUUCUAAUGUUGACCAAGUUCUAUCUGAACUAAAAGAAUAUGCAACCGAAGUUGAUGUAGAUUUUGUCAGAAAAUCUGUUCGUUCAAUUGGUCGCCUAGCAGUCAAAAUUGAAUCAACGGCUGAUCGUUGUAUAUCUGCACUAUUAGAACUUAUACAAACGAAAGUUAACUAUGUCGUUCAAGAAGCCAUUGUAGUCAUAAAGGAUAUAUUUCGAAAAUAUCCAAACCAAUAUGAGAGUAUAAUUGGUACUUUAUGUGAAAAUUUAGAUAAUCUAGAUGAACCUGAAGCAAAAGCAGCAAUGAUAUGGAUCAUUGGUCAAUACGCUGAUAGGAUUGAGAAUUCUGAUGUAUUAUUAGAUGAUUUUCUUUUUACAUUCCUCGAAGAACCUGUAGAGGUUCAAUUAUCAUUGUUAACAGCCACUGUAAAACUUUUCAUUAAAAGACCUACUGCUGGUCAAGAACUAAUUCCUAAAGUUCUAAAAUGGGCAACAGAAGAUGUUGAUAAUCCAGAUUUACGUGACCGAGGAUAUAUUUACUGGCGUUUAUUAUCAACAGAUCCUGUUACAGCUAAGACUGUUGUAUUAUCUGAUAAACCGCGAAUUUCUACUGAAAGUGAUAAUAUGGAACCUGCGUUGUUGGAUGAACUUCUCUUACAUAUUUCAAGCCUUUCAUCUAUAUAUCAUAAGUCACCUCAAACCUUUAUUCCAAAUAGUAAAAUUCGGUAUUUAGCCCACUCACCAGUUCUAAAUCGAAGGUAUCCCGGACAGCAACAACAACAGCCUAAUUUACUCGAUUCUGAUAUCGAUAAUUUAGCGUCAGGAUCACUUGGAAUCAAUUCUAAUCCUUAUAAUGUGGACGUUGUCAAUAUCGGUGAAAAUUAUGUUGGAGAUUUAUUAUUAGAUUUGUGA